AUGGCAAGCCCUGAAGCCAUCGCGAUUGUCUUGGGGCUAUUUGCCCAUUGUUUCGUCUUCAUCCACGGGGAAUGGCACCUCCGAGCACCCGCUGUCGUGGUAUUCCAUGUUUGCGUCGCAGCUCUGCUCUAUAUCUGGGAGUUGAGUCGACUCACCGCGAAUGGGUCAUGGACGGUAGUGCUCGUCGGGGCUUACAUAUUCUCGCUCCUGUCAAGUAUUUCCAUCUACCGCCUCUUCUUCCAUCGACUACGCAUAUUUCCUGGUCCCAGAUUGGCGGCAUGGACCAAGCUGUGGCAUGUCUGGAAAUGCCGGGACUCUCGUGGACACCAUGUCCUGGAGGAAUGGUACAGGCAGUAUGGGGAGUUCGUUCGUACAGGUCCUGCAGAGAUUACUAUAUUUCAUCCCGCGGCUUACGAGGCCAUGGAUGGCCCGGGAAACCGCAACACGCGAUCAGACUGGUACGAUCUCCUCUACCCACGCAUAUCCUCGAUCUUCACUCGGGACCGGAAAUUACACCAUGAACGGCGGAAGAUGUGGGACCAUGCAUUGAGUGCCAAAGUCCUGCCCCAAUACAAUCAGAAAGUGGUGGAUAGGGUUCGCAGCCUCGAGGAUCUCAUUUCUGCGCAUAGCUCAAGCCCGGUUAUCAUCAACGAUCUCAUGCACUUCUUUGCCUUUGACUCUAUGGGGGACUUUGCGUUCAGCGAGGACUUCAUCCAGCAAUCUGGAUUCCUCGACUUGGCUUUGCUUUUAUACCUGGUCUAUGGAAAGUGCGGGAUUGGUUUCAUAUGCUGGAGUUUUGUGAUCAGUGUAUGGCCAGACGGAUGCAGGAUGAAGAAAACGCCAGCAGAGAGAGAUAUUGCGUCGUGGUUUAUCGACGACCACAUCAAGCACGGCGCAAGCCCAAACAGGGCACGAUGGUUGAGCGGCGACACUGCGACACUCGUCGUUGCAGGAAGUGACACUACCGCCCCUAGCCUCACACUACUAUUCUACUUUCUGGCUCGGUAUCCACAACACAUCGAGCGCAUCUAUGAAGAAAUUCAGCAUGUGGACCGACGAGACCCGAGUGCCUUGGCCACAUUGCCGCAUCUCACAGGCACUAUCAACGAGUCCAUGCGUCUCCUCCCGGCAGUGCCGACAUUUAGCUCGCGAGUUACGCCGGCAGAGGGAUUAUUCGUUGACGGGACAUGGAUCCCUGGCAAUAUUAAGAUCUGUGCGCCGCGCUACAGCAUUGGCCGACUGGAAUCGGCCUACGUGCGCCCUCUUGACUUCAUUCCUGAGCGGUGGUAUAGCCAACCCGAGUUGAUCAGGGAUAAGCGGGCUUUUGCCCCGUUUGGUGUUGGGCGCACUAGCUGUGUUGGUCGGCACUUGGCACUGGCUCAUAUCCGUCUGGUAACAGUGGGACUGGUGUCCCAGUAUCGCAUUCGUUUUGCUCCUGGCGAAAGGAACGGGGAGGCCGUGGAGAGGGACAUGAAGGACCAGCUCACUGCGCAUCCUGGUGCUUGUCGGGUGAUUUUUGAGCCUCGGUAA